AAGCUUGGUCUCAGCAUUAUCCAAAACUUAUAAUUACAGCGUUGAUUCCGAAACCGAAACCGAAACCGAAACCGAUCUCGUCGCUCUUCUCUUUUAUCUGAUGGCUCGAUCUAUCUCUCUUUCACUUUCUCUCUCUAAAAGCCGUCUCGCCGCCGCAUCAUCUUCUCUCCUCCCCUCAUCGCACCUCGUUUCCUUCCGAUCUCAAUCCUCCGGUCGCCGUGGCGAUCUUUACGAAAUCGAUGUCGCGGCGUCGCAAUCGCCGUCGGAUCCUUUGAUUCAGAAGCUCGAGGACGCCGUUCACCGGAUAUUUGUACGCCGAUCUGCGCCUGAUUGGCUCCCUUUUGUUCCCGGUGCUUCGUAUUGGGUACCGCCUCCUGGAUCUGGAUCUCAGUCUCAUGGAAUCGCUCAGCUCGUUGCCAAGCUCGCGAAUCCGUUAACCGACGAGGAAUCGUUAUCUACCAAUUCGUCUCAUGGAUGGCCUUCCUCCGAUUAUUUCCUUAAAGGAUUACAACCUAAACUGAUGGAGACCAAGUCCGACAACACAGCUUCACAUACUGAGUCUCACUCCGAGGAUGAGGAAGCAUAAAACCUCCCUUCUCCUUUGGGCUCUUCAGAAUAUGUAGAUUUGUCAAGAACAGGAGCGACUGGGACAAUUCGGAUGUCCAAGAGCAAGUGCGAAGAUGCGAUAUAGACAACCAUCUUUCUCUUUCUGAUCCCGAAAUGUGAAAACAAAAAUGAAUAAGAUUAGUUGUUGUAGGUUUGUAGCAUUUCCUUCUGUUAUAAUGUAAACUGUUCCUUUUCAACAGUCGGUGUGUAUAUAUAUAUCUGUUUCGUUGCUCUUUCUAUUGUUAACAAGUUGUUUAUGUUAA